UGCGGGUCAGAGGGAAGCACGAAGUUGUUUUAAAGACAAAUAAAAAAAGGAAGGAUGCAGAAUUUGUGGGGCGAGUUGGGCGACAUAAUUGAAAGAAAAUAGUGAAAUACAAGAAUGAUAAACAAAAGUAAAGUGCCUAUAUGCGUUCAGUUACUAUAACGACGAUUACUGCGCUGGGGAGAGUUUAGGUUUGGCGCGCGCUGGGGAAUUUAUUCCUUUGGAAAGGCUGGGCGAAUGAUGUCUGAUGGGCGAAUAUACACCUGGAUUUAUCUGGAUUACAAACCAACAGAAAGGGUUUUCCUCGGGAGAGAGCGUAUGUGUAUGAGGGAGACUAAUAAAACUACAGAGAAAAGUUAGUUAGGAGACUGCUAUUAAUUUGAUUAUGAAAAGUUUUGAACAUAUUUUUUACGCGCAGGAACCUUGGGAAAUAGUCACAUGUGAAUCCGUCAUUAAUCUGUUAUUAUUCGAGGUGCUUCCUAAACCAAUCAGAGAGAAACAGAAACAUGUAUCUGGGUAAAACUCUUCUGUUUGUCCUACUCUUAAACUGCGCCACCACGAGUCUGUCUUUCUCAACAUGCGCUACCGUAGAUAUAGACCAUGUGAAGCGGAAAAGGGUCGAGGCGAUACGGGGACAGAUACUGAGUAAGCUCCGGACGACCAGCCCGCCACACUCACUGGGACCCAGUCAGGUCCCCUACCAGAUCCAGGCCUUGUAUAACAGUACCCGGGAGCUGCUUGAGGAGUUGGGGAGAGACCGGCAGCAAAGUUGUGGCCAAGACAACACGGAGACCGAAUAUUAUGCCAAAGAGAUAUACAAGUUCAACAUGGUCCAAGGGCCGCCUGACAACAAUGACCUUCCAUACUGUCCUAAAGGAAUCACUUCCAAAGUGUUCCGUUUCAACAUCUCAGUGAUGGAGAGGAAUUCCACCAACCUGUUCCGAGCCGAGUUCCGAGCUCUGAGGGUUCCAAACUCUGCUGCCAAUAGGAACGAACAGAGGGUCGAGCUCUACCAGAUCCUGAGGCCAGAUGAGCACAUAGCUAAGCAGCGCUACAUCGGAGCCAAGAAUGUGCUGACCAAGGGAACGUCCGAAUGGGUCUCCUUCGACGUGACAGAGUCAGUACGGGAGUGGCUGAUGUACAGAGAGACAAACCUGGGUCUGGAGAUCAGCGUACACUGCCCAUGCCACACCUUCAACCCCAACGGUGACAUCAUCGACAAUGUGAACGAGGUGUUGGAGGUCAAGUUCAAAGGGGUAGAAGGGGAGUAUGAAGAGCAGGGUCGUUGGGACCUGGGCAGGUUGAAGAAACAGAAGGAGCAGUACCUGCCUCACCUCAUCCUCAUGAUGAUCCCUCCUCACCGUCUGGAGCCACAGCCACGCAGACGCAAACGCGCCCUGGACACCGAAUACUGCUUCUCCACCGUUGAGGAGAACUGCUGUGUCCGUCGUCUCUACAUCGACUUCCGUCGGGACCUGGACUGGAAGUGGAUCCACGAACCUAAAGGAUACUUCGCUAACUACUGUUCUGGACCCUGCCCCUACCUGAGGAGCUCCGAUACCACACACACACAGCUGCUGAGCCUGUACAACACCCUGAACCCAGAGGCCUCAGCCUCUCCCUGCUGCGUUCCCCAGGACCUGGAGCCUCUUACCAUUCUCUACUACUCUGGACGUACCCCUAAAGUAGAGCAGCUAUCCAACAUGAUCGUCAAGUCUUGCAAAUGCAGCUGAGAAGGUUCGGGAGUAGGCCCGAAGCCAGGGAGUAGGGUGGUGGGGGUUGUCCCACGGAAGGUGACCUGUAUUGGGGCACUAGAGCCAGCCAGCCUGCCUAGCUGUAGAGGACUAUCCACCAUCCAUGUUAUUUUGUAUUCGGACUGUGUUGCCUGCCACGUGUCCUAGCUCUUAACACCACUUCAACUGAAGGACCCUAUCCUCGUGUGAGACAUAUAAUAUGUCAGACUUUGGGAUUAUAACUUCUAAUCUUCA